AUGGCAUCUAAAGAAGAACUUAGGAAGCGAAAAACUUAUUUACAGAUUGCGGGUUUUGAGUGCUCAAACUGUCACAAAACAACUAGAGAAGAUGGAACUAGAUCUCUCUUACGAUGUACACGUUGCCGUAUGUCUUAUUACUGUUCGAAAAGUUGCCAAAGGGCUGACUUUUCGUUUCAUAAACAAUUUUGUACUGCUAUCGAAGAGCUUAGUAAUCUUGAUGAAGUUUGGUAUUCAUGCAACGGUAAAGAAUCCGAGUGGAACAAGAGAAAGAUUUAUCAUAUGCAACUGUUGCCAGCAGCGCUUGAUAGAGACUUAACUAGUUAUGAGAGCAAUGCUUGGUUAAAUCAGCCAAAAUGUCACGUCUGUUUUAGAACCUCUCGUGACUUAGAAAACCGUUCGGCAUUGAUACCAUGUACGAAUUGUCAUGUUGUCUUUUGCUGUUCUAAUGAACAUUGGGAACAACAUCGACCAAAGCAUAAAUCUUUAUGUCAAACAUAUCAAAUUAUGGUUCAAUGUGAAAAAAUUAGGUGA